AGGCGAUUCGCUUUCUGUAAGAUGUCGGAGAUAUUUACGGUUUCGUUCAUGGCAUUUAUGACUAUUACUUUGCUAACUGUCAAUGUAACUGCGAGCGAAGUCUCUCAAUUACCUAAGGACCAGAACGUCCUGCGAGGUGCGAAUGUUACUUUGUUCUGCAUUUUUCCACGAUCACAAGAUACUGCUGACGUUCGUUGGUGGAGGGACGGCGACAAGACAUUUUUAAAAAAUGACAGCAGAAGACAUUUGACUGUAGAAACGGGAAGGGGAGCACUUGUACUCUGGAAUGUCACAUUCGCCGACUCCGGAAUGUAUUACUGUGAAGCAAAGUAUCAAGAACGAUCUUACGGGAGAGGAAGUGGCUCCCGGCUCACUGUUUUCGUUCCUCCAACUCCAUUGGAAAUUGUUCCUGUUGGAGGGUUUUCGUCUCCUCGAAAGCUUCUUUGUAAAACGGCUGCCUUCUACCCGGAGAAAUUAGAAAUCGUUUGGCAAAGAAAUAAGAAACGAAUUCACAUGGGAAUAGAAACUGUGCCAAACUCGUACGUUGAUGGCAUGUACGAAGCUUCUAGUUUAUUGGAAAUCACGCAGUCUACAUGGGGAAAAGAUAUUUACACCUGCCUGGUGUCGCAUGUCUCUCUCACGGCGCCUGUAAGUUUCAGCUACAUCCUGGAGCAAGGCGCUGAUACCAGAUUGAUUCUCGCAUGUGCAUUGGGCGGAUCAGCAAUUUUAAAUGUAAUUUUGAUAAUAGUUUUGCUGAAAUUCAAGUUAAAGAGAUCGCACGGGGGUAACAAAAAUUCUUUGGACGGAUGUCAGAAUGAAGACCCGGCUGAACAAGCACCGGUUGAGCACACCACUGCCUAUGCUUCACUAAACCAUAGGGAGAGUAAACCAUUUAUCAAAGAUGGACAACAUGAGGAGCGAGUUAUCUAUUCCCAGGCUAAAGGAAAUGGAGCUGACAAACUGACAUAUGCCGCUCUGCAGAUUCCCGAUUCGAGUUACACACAGGCAUCCAAACAUCAAAGCAAACAUACAUUGUACGCAGAUGUAAAUACAUCAAAGGAGCUGUGUAGCUGAGAAUCCGAUUGCAGUUCAUAGCCAUAUAUUAUCAAUGAGUGUAGGCCAGAGCAUUGCUACGUUUCGUUUCUUGCAUCCACAAACGGUUGAUGAUCGACGUACAUGUCAUGAUUGGGAAAAUAAAUGAUCAUUUUGGUCUUCGACGUUUUUCCGAUUUAGAGAAGCAAUUGUCAUAAAAUAAAACCUAAGUAAAUUAAGAAAAGAACAGCAAUAAACCACUCCGGCCCUGUCCACUGCCCGGCCAUUCAAGGUGAUAAUAUCAGAUAUGCUCAGUCGCAGUCUCCUCCUCCGGUCUACUGCACAGACCCGACCAUUCCAAGAAAAAAUACUUCCUUCCCCUUAAAAGUUUCCCAAUAGUUUUACCCCCGCAGACCUUACAGGAUGAAGAAUAAAUCCAGAGAUUCGCCACCAUGGGCGAGAAUUUUUUUAGUGACAAGGAAAACCCGCCAAUUAAUAACCUAAUCUUGCACAAUUAUAUCAAUGUUCAAACGAGGGAAAUAGAAAUCGGACGAUAUUCGAAUAUUCGCAAUACGUUGUCGUGACAACAUUUUGAUGGAGAGAGAAACAGAAAGAGAUUUCUGAUUGGUAACCCGAUGAAAAGUUAUAAAUCUAAGGCUAUAACUAUGUUUCUCACCCGUGAUUCUCCCGGGAACCUUUCACGUUAUAAUAGAAAUUAUCGUGGAAUUUGCAGUAAAUGUAAAAUGUUUGUUAAAAAAAACUUUCACUAUAUCAACGAUCCCGAUGGCUAGGGAAAACUGUUGAUCUUAUGUGAGAGAACCGGGUACAUGAAUAAUAUUACAUAAUUCGUGGGCUUACAUCAAUUGUCUGAUCCGAAUGCAGAGAAAAUUAGUUCAGUAGUCUCCGGUGUUAACUCGGACUGUCAAAUCGAAAUGGAUUUCUUUUUUUUAUUUGCUAAAUUUGAAGCUUCCCAACUUUUUCAUCCCAACAGCUAAAUAUAUGUUUUUCUUUGUUAUAAGUACUUUCAAAGAGCUAAAUACUUUUUUUCAGUGCAAGUUUCAAUGACCAAGCAUCUAUUGAAUU